AUGGGCUGCUGCCCAAUAGGGGUGGGCGCAGGGAGCGCGCUAUGCGUCGUGGCGUCAUGUCGGCUGUGCCUAUGGCAGAUGGGAGAGGAAGGGUUUGAGAUGGUCAGGGUUUCGUCCGUCGUGAGGGCUACGGUGCGGGCCGUGAGUAAGAGGAAGAUCCAGGCUACCCGCGCUGCCCUCACCCUGACCCCAUCAGCUGUUCAGAAGAUAAAACAGCUUCUUAAAGAUAAACCUGAGCAUGUAGGUGUGAAAGUAGGUGUUCGUACAAGAGGAUGCAAUGGACUUUCUUACGCACUAGAAUAUGCAAAGUCAAAAGGAGACUCCGAUGAAGAAGUAGUUCAAGAUGGAGUUAGAAUCUUUAUUGAGAAGAAAGCACAGCUGACACUUCUAGGAACUGAAAUGGACUAUGUGGAAGACAAACUGUCCAGUGAAUUUGUCUUCAAUAAUCCAAACAUCAAAGGAACAUGUGGCUGUGGAGAAAGCUUUAACAUUUGA